AUGAGCAAUAAAUAUGCUCCCACCUAAUCUUAUGGGGAUUUUAUUGGCACCUUGGGGGCAGAGGUUCCUUUCCCCUGCCCACCCUUUCCCCUCCAAGCAAAGCCCUGCUCCCCAGCUGUUUCCCCCAUCCACGCGAGGAACUCCGGAGCAGCUUCGGAAAGUGCUCUCAGAGUGAAGACCGAAGACGCAGGCGGCUGGGCCAAGGUCGGGAGUGGCUUCCUGGUCCUACCUGCAGGCAGGGGGUGACCAAAUGACCUGAAAUAAACCCUGGGCGACCUGGUUGGAUCAAGGCAUGCGCGAGUUUCCCUGGGCCUGCCCAGAACGCUGGGGCAGUCACCUGGUCCCCAGGCACCCCAGCUCGGGGAGACCGCGUCCCGGACCGGGAGGAAUGUCUCGAAGAGGGAGCCGGUUCGCAGGAGUCGGUUUCCAGCGUGUUGGAGUUACAGCCGCGAGCCCUCGGAGGCACCGCCCGCAAGUCCCGGCUUGCAAAUCGGGGAGCCAGCCCCGGGGAGAACUCGAGUCGGAGCGAACCCGGAUUGUCCUCUGGGGCCGGACUGAGAAAUGCCUGAAGGAGACGACCGAGGAGAUUCGGCAGAUGGGCACCGAGUGCCACUACUUCAUCUGCGACGUGGGCAACCGGGAGGAGGUGUACCAGACGGCCAAAGCUGUCCGGGAGAAGGUGGGGGAUAUCACCAUCCUUGUGAACAACGCAGCCGUGGUCCACGGGAAGAGCCUCAUGGACAGCGAUGACGACGCCCUCCUCAAGUCCCAGCACGUCAACACCCUGGGCCAGUUCUGGACCACCAAGGCCUUCCUGCCGCGCAUGCUGGAGCUGCAGAACGGCCACAUCGUGUGCCUCAACUCGGUGCUGGCGCUGUCGGCCAUCCCCGGGGCCAUCGACUACUGCACCUCCAAAGCCUCGGCCUUCGCCUUCAUGGAGAGCCUGACGCUGGGGCUGCUGGACUGUCCGGGCGUCAGCGCCACCACCGUGCUCCCCUUCCAUACCAGCACCGAGAUGUUCCAGGGCAUGAGGGUCAGGUUCCCCAAUCUCUUCCCCCCGCUGAAGCCCGAGACGGUGGCCCGGAGGACAGUGGAGGCCGUGCAGCUGAACCGGGCCCUGCUCCUGCUCCCCUGGACCAUGCACGCCCUGGUUAUCUUGAAAAGCAUCCUCCCACAGGCUGCCCUUGAGGAGAUCCACAGAUUCUCAGGAACCUAUACCUGCAUGAACACUUUCAAAGGGCGGACAUAACGGCAGGAUGUGGACACGCUUGAAAGCCUGCAGGGGCCACGGCAGCUGGGCACACGCCCACGUGCCUGCCCCUUGGCACACUUCUGCUGGGUGAGCAGGACUGCUCCUCUCCCGGGGAAGAAUCCAGCUGCCCCCUCCCCCCGGGCCAGCCCCAGGACCUUUGCACAGGACUGAUGGGUGUAACUCUGACCCCCAUGGGGAGGCAAGAAACCAGCCAGCGGCCGCCUUGACACUUUUGUACAUUUCUAAUUCCGUAGAGUUUAUUGUUAAAUUGCUUCUCAAGUCUAACCAGCCUCAGCAGUGCACAAAGACUAUUUUGGGAGGGUCUGUGCCCAGAUGUUCCUCCUUUGCCUCCAAAAUCCACUCAUCCUCAGCUUCUGCAAACUGGUUGAACGGCAGGAAUGAAAAAUAAAGAGCGAUGGCUUUUGCGAGUUC